AUGUGGUGCUUCGACGUCGACGCUCGAUGUGAGAUCAGUGCGUCGGUGACGACGGCGUCGAUGAAACACGCGACGCUGCGAGCGCCGAGGGCGUUCGAGGGGGCGGCGCGGGACGGCGGGUUUGAAUUCAAACGCGUCGACGAGCCGCGCGCGCUCGAGGCGCCGGGAAAGGAUUUCAUCCUGAGCUUUGGCACCAGCGCGAGUGGCGCGAGAGAGAAAACGUCGAGAGAGAUGAAAGUGAGCGAUGUGAAGGCGAUCUACGGGAAGUUUGUGAGAGAGGGGAAAUUGACCGUCGAGGGCAAGGAUGGGACGCGCGUCAUGGUGCGAGGCGCCCCGGAGGAGUGCGCGAGAGUGAUGCGAACGCUGACGACGCUGAAAUCGCAACCGUUGGAGGCGAGGAAGAAGUAUUUGCGCGCGUUGGAGCGGUGUGGUAAGUGCGUGGGGAAGUGCGAGGCGAGCGAGAGGAAGGAGGCGGAGCGACGGGAGAAGGCGGCGGAGCGGGCGGCGAGGGAGGCGGAAAAGAACGCGGUAAAGGAGGCGGCGAGCGCGGAGAAGAAGCGCAAGCGAGAGGUGGAAGAGUUCGAGAAGAAUGUUGCGAAUGCUAACAAAUUGGACCGCGAGCUCGAGUCAUUGGAGGAGAAGAAAUCCAAGGUAGAGUCGACCAAGGCUGAAAUCGCGGCGCUGAAGAAAGAAAUCGAGGGCGAGCGAGACACGCUUCAGAGGGAAAAGGAGGAGAUCGUGCGACGUCGACGCGAGCUCCAGGACGAGCGUCGCUUGCUAGAGCACCAGGCUGGCGAGGUCGCGGCGCAGCGGGAAAAGCUCGAGACCGACCGCAAUCUGACCGAGAUGGAGGGGAGGAAAUUAGAGGACGAGAUAGAGCAAAACACGCGUCGCAGGGCGCAGAUUGAGACCGAGAUCGCGGACGUACGCGAUCUUGCGAGAACGCUGACUCUGGAGCGCGAACGCUUAGCUCGCGUCAAGUCGAUGCACAAGGAUGAGCACGAGCGCGCGCAGCGCGCGGUAGAUGAAGAGAUGGAUCGCCGCGCGCAGCGGGCGAGAGCGAACGCUUUCAACAUGUCACCGUCGACAUUUUACGGUAAGAAGCCAAAGAAGGCUGUCGUUCUGGACGAUGAUGAUUCUGACGACGACGACGACGACGAUGAUUCGAAUAAAGAAAACGAGGCGGCCGCAAACGCCGCCGCAGCGGCGGCGGAGCGACAUCGACGGCUCGAACGGCUCCGGCAGGCAGAGCUUGAGAGACAGCGUCGAGAGAAGCUUGCGAGAGAGGAGCUGGCGCGCAAACAAGAGGAAGCGCAUAGGAAGAAAGAAGCAAAGAAACAAGAGCAGAUGGCAGCCAAGGCGCAACGGGAACGACAGCGUCUGGAAGAGGAAAACUUCAAGCACCAGCGAGAGAGAGCUAAGCAGCAAGCCGACAUGCGCGACAAGGCUCGGGCCACUUCCGUUCCGACCGCUUCAAGGGCCAUGUGGGAUUCGCACCUCCAGGCGCUCGAAAACUUAAAAAUUCGGUCUGCCGGUAGUGUGGGGGAGAGCGACAUUCCUUGGCCGCCCGCGCACAACAUCGCGUUCUUCACUCCGUCGGAUGGUUUCAUUGAGAAGAAAAAGAAAGUGAUGAAGGCGACGCUGUCUUGGCACCCGGACAAAUUCCAGCAAAAGUACGGCAGCUUACUCAAGGAAGAAGAAACCCCGAAGAUCCUCGCGCGAGUCGCCGCGUUAUCUUCGCAAUUCAUCGAACUUCGACAAGUGCUGAACGAUCAGUACUACCGGUAG